AUGAGUACCACAGAAAAUCUAACAUCAGCACCCUCAACAUCGAUUUCAACAGUUGAAACAAAUAAUACACCACGUCGUACAUCAUUGAAUCAAACUCGUCAUCAUAUUAAUUCUAUAUCUGCACCAACACAAAAUAGUAAUAAAAGUAAAACAAAUAGAAAUGAUGCUAUUAUUAAUGAUGAAUUUUCAUCGUCAAGCAGUAUGCCAUCAGCUGCAGCUCUUAAUGUAUCAUUUGCUAAAGAUGAAAAAAAACGUUUAACAGCUUAUGAAAAACUUUUAUAUGAUUCACAAUAUGAUAUGCGUUUUAAAGCAGAAGAAAAAGCUGGUCGACGUAUUGGAUUCUAUCGUAUUCGAGGUGAUAUUGGUUUAGGAAAUUUUUCUCGUGUCAAACUUGGUGUACAUCUACUUGCUAAAGGUAAAGAAUGA